AUGAGCGCAACUGAAGCUGAUUUGAGAGCUGAUAGUUCAGUACCAUCGGCUACCCCAUUUACAAAACAAGGUGGAACUCACCAUGGUUUGGCACAAAGGCGAGCUGAACAUCAUCAACAGCAACAACAAAACCUGCAAGAGUCUACCAGCCAACUGUCAUCAAAUGAUCUGUCACAUGAGAGGAACAUUAUACCGCCAUUGGUGGAUCCAAAGAUACCAUUACCGUCGAAAGAAUUGAAUGAUACAUCUGAUCCGGUAGAUUCGCCACCAGCAAACCACUCCUCAUCCAAAUCGCGAUCCAAAACGACAUCAGAGUAUGAUCCAUUUGCUGGUUUGUCGUUCCAUGUUGGGGUAGCUGAAAACAAGAAUACCACCUACAGGUCUAAAAUGGAGGAUGUGCACACAUAUAUAGCAAAUUUCGCUGAACGUGUUGAUUGGGGAUACUUUGCUAUUUUUGAUGGACAUGCAGGUAAAGAAAGUGCACGGUGGUGUGGCAAUAAUUUACACACCUUACUUGAACAAGAAAUCGAUUUGGAGUUGCAAGAUCAAAAUAACACUCUUCAACAUGCGAAUAAAGCAGACUCCACACCAGACCAGCUAAAUCUGCAACCUUCUUCUCAAGUGGAUGCGUCGCAGGGUAACGUGACUACCGCAACGAACUGUUCUACCUCAAGUAUACCGUUAAAAGGAAGAGUAGACAUGAAAGACCAUUUGUACAAGGCUUUUGUCAAGGCAGAUGAAAUCAUUGAAAAGAAUGGUCAGGGGAAUUCAGGUUGUACAGCUGCAGUGGCGGUACUUCGUUGGGAGAGUGAAUCAGAGGAUGACUGUAUGGUGGAUACAAAUAAUACCGGGAAACAAUCCAAUGGCAAGUCAAAGUCGUUUGAUUUUGUGCCCACCAAAAACCACAAGAGGAUGCUUUAUACUUCCAAUGUUGGGGACUCUAGGAUAGUUUUAAGUCGAAAGGGAAGAGCUUAUCGGUUGUCCUAUGAUCAUAAAGCUUCCGAUCAUAAUGAGUCCACAAGAGUUGAAAACGCUGGUGGGUUAAUAUUGAAGAAUCGUGUGAAUGGAGUCCUAGCAGUGACAAGAUCAUUAGGUGAUUCUUAUAUGAAGGAUUUGGUGUUGGGAAAACCAUUCACUACCUCAACCCAAAUAAUCAAGGAUGAUGAGUUUAUGAUAAUUGCAUGUGAUGGAGUAUGGGACGUGAUUAGUGAUGCCAAAGCUUGCAAAAUUGUUGCUGACUGCUUCAAAAAUGGCAUGGAUGCACAAGAAGCUGCUAAAAAGUUGUGCCAAAUGGCAAUCAAUGAUGGAACAACUGACAAUAUCACUUGCAUGGUGGUUAAAUUCCGCCAUUUUGAGUAA